GGAGCCCCGUCCUCAAAUCUUCAAAACCCCGGCCGCCCGACGAACCACACCUCAUUCAUUUCAGCUAGCUGUGUAUAACCAUGGCCCCUGCAGCAAUCUAUGCUUCUCCGGUCGUUCCUCAGGACCAAAAAGUCGUCGCGGCAGUACCGGUUAAGGGGCCUGCGCUUGCGAUAGGAUCUCCCGCAACGGCCGAGGAUGGUCGGUACCAGUCACUCAUUACUAGCCUGCAGGAGACAAGACAGGUGGAAAAGUACAUGGUAGACAGGCUCUUGGACGGAGCCUCAACCCUGACAACUUCCAGCUUCUCCUCUGUCCAUGUCGCUCUUUCGCCACCAGACUAUGAGGCCCUGUCACCAAGACUGCCGCAGCUGUUGUCCCAACUGCUCGCAGGGCUCGAGUCGCUCGGGUCAUUGCACAUUCUGAAUCUCGGAUCGUCUCUCCCUAACCUCCCGUCGGAGCUCACGCUUGCCGGAUUCACCAUUCUUUCCACGCUCCCCGAUGGCACCCUCAUCGCCCAAAAGCCCGCGCACGCCCCAAGCGCUUCCUUGAAGUCUGCGCCAGUCGCAGCACUGCCCCUCCGGCGGAAGACAGACAAAGCAUCCAAGAAAGCCCUGUGGACGCUCAGCGCACCCUCGACGCCGACAAUCGACGCAGAGAGCCUGCUCACUGACGCCGACCGCGAGCGCCCGGCCCCGUGCGAGCCUGUAUCCUCGGGUGCUCCUCGGAGGAAGAAGGCGUGCAAGGGCUGCACGUGUGGUCUCGCCGACCUCGAGGCGGAGGAGCUCUCGAAGAGCAAGGUCGUCGUGCUUGACGGUGCGGAGAGUGGGCAAACGAUGGAGGUCUCACAGAGCGAGAAGGACAGACUGGUCGCUGCCGCUGCCGCCGCUCCGAAAGCAACCAGCAGCUGUGGGAGCUGCUACCUAGGCGAUGCCUUUAGGUGUUCGAGCUGCCCCUACCGCGGCCUGCCCGCCUUCAAGCCUGGCGAGAAGGUUGAGAUUGAUCUCGGAAUGGAUGACAUUUGAGUUAGGGGCUGGCUUGUCCCCGGUACGCUGGAUUUUGUAACCUCCUAGAUUAUUUACUCUUCGCAUAUAUGUUGUAUUCCUUUCUGCUUUCGUGUCUGUCAUGCAGCGAUACACGCUGA